AUGGCAAUUAUUUAUGUGUCGUUGGGUUUCAUUUCUUUAGCAUUUUCUGAUUUUCUGAGCUUCGUUUUAUUUGACUUUUUGUUGCAAAUUUCAAUUCUACCUGACAAGCAUUCCAGAGAACAUGAAAGCACGAUUAAUAGCGGAAUCAAAGAUUUCAUGGCUUCUAAAUAUCCCCUGAAGAUAAUUUCGAAUAGUUUUGAGUUUAAUGAACAUGAAGAGUUCGGAAUAUAA